AUGCUGAAACAUCGGCUGUGGUCCUCUGUGAGGCAGGGGCUGGGCAGAGGCUUGCCCAGAAACGUGAGGGGCUGGGCCUCUGGGCACGGGAAGAAGAUGGACAUUGCAGGCAUCUACCCACCUGUGACCACCCCGUUCACGGCCACCGCGGACGUGGACUAUGGGAAGCUGGAGGAGAACCUGCAGAAGCUGGGUACCUUCCCUUUCCGAGGCUUUGUGGUCCAGGGCUCCACCGGAGAGUUCCCCUUCCUGACCAGCAGCGAGCGCCUGGAGGUGGUGAGCCGCGUGCGCCAGGUCAUACCCAAGGACAAGCUCCUGCUAGCCGGCUCCGGCUGCGAGUCCACACAAGCCACCGUGGAGAUGACUCUCAGCAUGGCGCAGGUCGGGGCCGAUGCUGUCAUGGUGGUGACCCCCUGCUACUAUCGUGGCCGCAUGGACAGUGCCGCCCUCAUUCACCACUACACCAAGGUUGCUGACCUCUCCCCAAUCCCUGUGGUACUGUACAGUGUUCCUGCCAACACAGGGCUGGACCUGCCUGUGGAUGCAGUGGUCACACUUUCCCAGCACCCGAAUAUCGUGGGCAUGAAGGACAGCGGCGGUGAUGCCACCAGGAUUGGGCUGAUUGUGCACAAAACCAGGAAGCAGGAUUUCCAGGUGUUAGCUGGAUCGGCUGGCUUCCUGCUGGCCAGCUAUGCCUUGGGAGGCAAGGGGGGCGUGUGCGCCCUGGCCAAUGUGCUGGGUGCCCAGGUGUGCCAGUUGGAGCGGCUGUGUCUCACGGGACAGUGGGAAGACGCGCAGGAGCUACAGUACCGCCUCAUUGAGCCCAACUCCGCGGUAACUCGGCGCUUCGGGAUUCCGGGGCUGAAGAAGAUCAUGGACUGGUUUGGCUAUUACGGAGGCCCCUGCCGCGCCCCCUUGCAGGCGCUGAGUCCCGCGGAGGAGGAGGCACUGCGUGCAGAUUUCACCAGCAACGGCUGGCUCUGAGAGCAAUCGGCAUGGCGCACCAGCCUGGCGGAGCCCCUCUGUCUCCCAGCUAGAAGGAGCUUGGGAACAGCAGGGGGUACAGACACCUAUUUGACAUCUUCCGCAGCCUUUCACCAGGCACGUCCUGCACUCUCUGCCCACCUCAGAGCUCCAGGACUUUCUAUUUUCCUAUCUUAUGUCUGAGUCCCUGAGUCCUGCAGGCCGGGGAGGAGUGACUUCUCCUUUGUCUCUGCUCCAGGUGCGUUCCUACACCCCAAGGCACCUGAACCUGGAGCAACAGAAGGGCAAAAAGAGGGGUGGGUGUGCACAAUAAGGAAACCUGUUUUACUGAAGGGGUGGCUACUUAGGCUUGAGGCUACAAACCUGAGGCAAGUGUGACACUGAUGGAAACCAGGGUUCUCCUAAGAUCUUUCCAGGGGUACCAGUGGUCAGUUGGGUAAGUGCCAUUGGUCUGGAAGCGCCCGGCUGCUUUCUAGCCAAAACAUUCUCCCUAAAUUCACUUCCCUUAUCUCAUACUCUUGUCUCUAGGCUCAAUUCCACUGUCAGUGCAUGGGAACAGCCCCUUGGCUUAACAGGUUGCUACACCCAGACACCUGAUGCAUAGAUGCUACUUUCUGACUAACCCAGGGACUCUACACACUAGGCAGGGACGCAACACUUAUUUGCUUGUAGGCAUUCUUUUAUUAUUAAAGAAAACACUUUGUUACCAUAAUAAAGUUAAAGAGUAAAACCAU